CUCUCUCCUCCUCUCCCCCCUGAAAACCUGUGGCUUGAAGAGACCUUGGCUUCUCUGGGACUUUACCCCUCUCUACCCCUGGGAACUGCCCAUAUUUGCUCCUGAGUUUGGGGGCAGGGGGGCCACCACCCCAAGGACUCUCUCCGGAGAUGGGAGCCACCCGCCUGCUGCCCCACGUCACUCUGUGCCUCCAGCUACUGAUUCUGUGCUGUCAAACUCAGGGGGAGAAUCACCCGUCUCCUAAUUUUAACCAGUACGUGAGGGACCAGGGCGCCAUGACCGACCAGCUGAGCCGGCGGCAGAUCCGAGAGUACCAGCUCUACAGCCGGACCAGUGGCAAGCACGUGCAGGUCACCGGGCGUCGCAUUUCUGCCACCGCGGAGGAUGGCAACAAGUUCGCCAAACUCAUAGUGGAGACGGACACAUUUGGAAGCCGCGUGCGCAUCAAGGGUGCUGAGAGUGAGAAAUACAUCUGUAUGAACAAGAGGGGCAAGCUCAUUGGGAAGCCCAGCGGCAAGAGCAAAGACUGCGUGUUCACGGAGAUCGUGCUGGAGAACAACUACACAGCCUUCCAGAAUGCCCGGCACGAGGGAUGGUUCAUGGCCUUCACGAGGCAGGGUCGGCCCCGCCAAGCUUCUCGCAGCCGCCAGAACCAACGAGAGGCUCACUUCAUCAAGCGCCUCUACCAGGGCCAGCUGCCCUUCCCCAACCACGCGGAGAGGCAGAAACAGUUCGAGUUCGUGGGCUCAGCCCCCACGCGCCGGACCAAGCGCACUCGGAGGCCACAGCCCCUGACGUAGUCGGGGACACUGGGGGCAGCUGCCCCUCACCAGCCUUCCCAUCCCCUUCCCUUCCUAAUCCCA